AAGUUAUGAUAAAAGUAAAACACCCAUGCCCUCCCAUUCGGUUAUUCUCCAAACUUAUCACAAUAAAAAGAUAUGACACAGGUUUGAUAAAGAUAAAAUACUACGCUUAACUAAUUAAUCCAUGAGAUAGAAUUCGCAUAGUGGAAUUAUAAAAAUAAAAAAAAAUUAACCAGGCAAAUAAAAUCUAAAAUUAGGGAGAAACAUAACGUGGCAUUAGAUUAUUGGUCAAAGAAAUUCAAUCCUCUCCAUAGAAAAUACUUGUCACCUAAGGCAACUAAGACUUCUAACAGGACUCAAAUUCGAGGUGUCCUGAAUCUACACAACUUGUUAUUGGUAUUUAAACUCUUAUCGCUUAACACUAUCAUUACUCCUAAUUCGACUGCGUCUUGAUUUAGGUCUGUGUUUGAAUGUUUCGUUUUAGGGUUUAGACGCCAUUAAACAAAACCUGGUGCUACGAGACAUGCCUUCAGUAGUAACUAAGGAUAUCUCGAUUCUGUGCAAAGUAAGGCCAAGGAAGAGUAAGAAGAAGGGCUUUACUCACAUGAUUACGAUGCGAAAAGCCGCAUACAAAAUCAUCACCAUCCUCGUCUUUUCGGCUAUAUUCAGUGCGUUGUAUCUCAUAUUUGCGGAUUGUCGUUCAGAUAAUUCCUUCAUCAGCAACUCACGCCUGAAAUCCGACCGGAUUCUUGGCAGAAAAUCUCCUCCAUCACCUGGAAACAAUGUCAAUGUGAGUAGCGGUUCAGUUGUUAACUGUCUAGAAAACAGACAAGAGGAGGAUGAAGAAAAAGAUCCACUGGUACCUCCUCCUAAGGCGAGCAAGGAAGAGAGAAUUGCAUGGUUCAGGAGACAGUUACCAGAGCUCGAAAUACUCAAUUCGACAAGCAAGAGCCAGAGAUUCCACGGAAGAGUGUUGGAGUUGUUCAACAACAACUGCUCAACCCAGUUCUUCAUGGUGUGGCUUUCGCCGGCCAAGUCUUUUGGACCUCGAGAGCUCUUGGCCGUGGAUACUCUCUUCACCACCAAUCCAGAUGCUUGCCUAGUGAUUUUAUCGAACACGUUGGAUUCCCCCAAAGGUUACAACAUCCUUAAGCCAUUGCUCGAUCAGGGUUUCCACAUUCUUGCGGCGACACCCGAUAUACCCUUUCUUGUCAAGAACACCCCGGCAGAGUCUUGGCUGAAAAGGUUGAAGAGCGGGAAUAUGGAUCCGGGCUCUAUCCCCUUGUUCAUGAAUCUAUCCGAUCUGACAAGGCUUGCAGUGCUGUACAAGUACGGAGGGAUCUAUCUGGACACAGAUAUCAUAUUCUUGAACAACCUGAAGGGUCUGCAAAACGCAAUCGGGGCACAGAGCGUGGAUAGAGUGACCGGGAGAUGGACAAGGCUAAACAACGCAGUGAUGAUCUUCGAUAUCUACCAUCCCCUCAUGUUUCAAUUCCUGCACGAGUAUGCCACAACAUUCGACGGAAACAGAUGGGGCCAUAACAGCCCUUACUUGGUUUCAAGGGUCAUCGAGAGAUUAGGAAACAAACCUGAAUACAAUCUCACGAUCCUUCCACCAAAUGCCUUUUAUCCGGUGAAUUGGAUCAAGAUUCCCGGGCUUUUCAAGAAGCCUGCAAACAUUACUGAAGCAAAAUGGGUAGAGAAGGCAGUGAACGACAUUAGCAGCGGGAGUUACGUGAUACAUCUAUGGAACAAGGUGACGCGGAGGACGCAGAUAGAGGAAGGAAGCGGAAUGCAGAAACUAAUAACAACGCACUGCACAAGCUGCCUAAACAUUAAAGAUUCCCAUGAGCAACAUCCCAAGAAACAAAAGCCUUGUUCCUAAGUAAAUUCCCAUCUACAUGCUUCCUUUUCUCUUCAGUUAGGAAACAAUUUUGUCUCUGUGAUUCGGUUUCUGCUUUGUGGUUAAAAGGUUUUGGA